GUGUUAUCUUGCGGGAUGUCUCGCGGGUGUACGUCUAGUUGUUUCUCACAGUUUGUGGAGCGACACCAGUCAGCGCUGAAUUUCACUCUCUUACUCGUCGGUUACAUCCUCUACCUCAUCAUCGGUGCUGGGAUUUUCUCCGCCAUCGAGCUGCCGUACGAGCACGAGCUCAGACAGGAGUUAGUGGAGGCCCGCGAGGACUUUCUCAGCAACAACCCCUGUGUGUCCGACGCGCGCCUCGAGGAGCUGCUGGCCCGGGCGCUCGAGGCCAGUAACUAUGGAGUGUCCGUGCUGGGGAACAAGAGCAGCAACAGCUGGGACUUCAUCUCGUCCCUGUUCUUCACCAGCACCGUCCUGACCACGACAGGUGAGGCCCACUCAGGACACAGGUGUUAAAAUGAGAGACAGAGCUGUGGUCAUUUCUACCUCUGAUUUAUCAAAACAAGAAUUUCAGGGUUUCUUAAAGACAACUUUGUAACACUGAACCUGAACCCAUCAUUUAAAAGCCCUUAUAAAUGCAUCUAUAUGUGAUCAGAAGGACUUAUAACAACUCAUAGCAAUGUUUAUAAAGUUUUAUAAGCAGUGAGCAUUAUAGAGAAGUGGUUUAUAGUGUAUUUUACCUAAUGCAUGAGAAAAAUAUAGCAGCUUUUGAAUUCUAGGUUUAAAACACAUAAUGCUCACAACCUCACCCUGUUAUAAAGGUACAAAAGGAACAUAUUCUUUGUAAAAAAGUGAUAAUUUUGAUAUCUUUUCAGUGGAAAAUGUGAUGUUUAUACUCACAACAUGCUAUAGCACGGCUUAUGGGCUUAAGUGACAGCUCUGUAUGAGGUUAUUAUAGUCCCAUAACAUAACAUACAAAAAUGCUUCAGAACAAGAGUACACUCAUAUAUUGUAGUUAUUUUCUUUAUUAUAUAUCAUACACUAAAAGAGGAUUACAUGCGUUACAAAAGGUGGGUUUCAUACAAGUGUUACCAAUAAAAUUCUGCUUUUAAUUCUAAGUUUAAAUACAUGAAUCUGAAAAAUUCUUCCAUUAUACAAGUAUGUUCCUCCUCUUGCUUGGAUAUAUAUAAAUGUUAUUAUAUCAUCCUGUCAUCUAAAAUAGAGGCCUGCAUUAAACCUCUUUCACUUUGUUAACGCCUGUGUAUUAACAAGACAAAACAGAAGUUCAUACACUUCUGGCCCUGUUUCCCAUAAAAAAAACCUUUCACUCUAAUGGCAAAUGCACAGAUAUUUCGUUAUGACCUGGAGUGCUGCUGCAUGUCUCUGUGUUUAGAGGAACAUGCAUUGUGAACUCUUGCCUUGGUUAGCCUAAAAGUGCUGACAUUGACGACCAAAGACCAGGUUUUUGGCAGUCUGUGUUGCAGUGACUUUCUGCAUCCUUACCAUAACAAUGCACCACCUAAACGCCCAACCACACCUCAGUUUAAUAUCAACACACCCAUGGGUGCUAACUAAUUUGUUUUGGUAUUAAGUGUAACAGAGAAAAUAGCAGGUGCAGGAUGUGUCUUUAUAUUUACAGAGAUUUAAUUAUUGCUUGUCAGUUGUGUUACUUUUCAUAUCAAAAAGAAAAGACAUUUAAACUGUUUAAUAUUUAUAACAUUGUCAUCAAAGCAGAUCAGAUUAAUAGAGAUAAAAAGGGUAAAUAAGUGCUAUUUAUUUUUGUGUACUUGCUUCAAAUGCCAACUCUGCAAAGUUUGUUCACUCCAGUCAUAAAGUCUGGCUCCACCUCUCCACUCUGCCUGUUUUCUUAUCCCGUAAAGCAGUUCACAAGGUCAUUAAAGUGACAUCAUGGGGUGUGAAGGACAAAUUACUGUAACGUUUGAACACUUCUGAAAGUGUUUUAACCUGCUGCCUGGAUACAACUGUUGCACAGCAGCGUCGUAAUGAGAACUGACGUCUGUGAAGCUCCGUUACAAACACGGUAGUUUAACCUGCCAAAAGGAGCAAAUUGAACCCCACAUAGAUUCGGCCUUUGGUAAACAUAAGGGUAUGAAAGGCUGUACUAAGUAAAUAAUUUAUUUUCCUUAUUAUUUAUUAAUGGAUUUAAAGUUGGAGUAUGAAUUGGAUCUGAUUGGUCUUUCGUGAGAAGACACGCUGCUUUCAGACGAGCAUCUGUUUUCCUUUCCAUCUGUGUAAUUAUUAUUCUGUGAGUAGAGCUUCACGGCAGCUAAGUGGCUCCUGGAGAGGAAUCCCACCUCUAAUUAUGCCCCCGUAAUCAUCCAUAUUCACACAGCUGCCAUUUUCCAAUGACGUCAUGCCCAGAGGUUGGAAGUUCACAUGAUAGUUUUUGAAGUUGUGCUGCUGUGUGACAGGUUUGAAGCCACAUAAACUGGGAAUUCGUCCAAUGGUGUAAUUCCACAGCAUCUAAACUCAUCAGGAACUAACAGAAUCUGUAUCUAAUAACCCUUAUUUGCCACUUGAGUGUGUUAUUUUGAUUAAAGAGGGGUUAAAUCCCUCCAAGGUUCCCAUUAUUUGUCCUUUCAGCGACUAAUCGAUCAUGUUUUACUGUGUUUUCCAGGUUAUGGCCACACUGUACCUCUCUCUGAUGAAGGAAAGGCCUUCUGCAUCUUCUACUCCCUCCUGGGAAUCCCGGUCACCCUCUUUUUCCUCUCUGUCGUGGUGCAGAGGAUCAUGGUCCUGGUGUCUCGACGCCCGGUGUCUUACUUCCACCGCAGAUGGGCCAUGUCUAAAUCGAAGCUAGCUGCCAUACACGCUAUCUGCUUGGCCCUCAUCAUGACCCUGCUGCUCCUCAUCAUCCCUGCUUGUAUUUUUGUCAGCCUGGAGAAGGACUGGGGCUUUCUGGAGUCUCUGUACUUCUGUUUCAUCUCUCUGACAACCAUUGGCCUUGGGGAUUAUGUCCCCGGAGAGACCCACAGUAAGGACGAUAACCCACACCCUCAGCUCUACAGGCUGGCGAUUACAGGUGGGUGGAAGGUUGAAUACACUCCUAGAACAUAGUCUGAAGAAGAGAUGAGGUUUGUUUGUGGCCAUUGUUGGCAAAUAAAUCAAAUUAUGGUUAUUAACAGUUUCAAUAGGACUCAAAUAAGGCAAAUACACUCAUUAACAGGAAGGUAGGGCUGAGAAACACACUGACUGUAUUUGGCUUGAAUUAAAGGGAUAUUCCGGCGUUAAAUUAAUUUAGGGUCAAACACACCGUAACACUGAGUUAUGUAUGAGUUAUGAAUUUUGCUGACCGUUUGGCUCUCUAGUUAUAUCAACUUUAGUAACGACUGCACGACAGCAAUACACAGUGGUUUGGGGAGCCAAACACAAACCUCAAAAACGCAACUCUAUAGCCACAAAUAAUGCUCAGAACAGCACCUAACUUCAUCAAUAGUACAUAUAGUACACACAGAGUAUGAUCAUUAAAUCACCAUAUGAAUGCACUGCAGACGUGGUAGUUCUUCUGCCUUCACGUCUCGGUCUGAUUGCAUUUCCAUGAAGAAAUGAUCAUAAAUGUUCUUCCUUGAGCUGCGUACCCCCGCAGCAGUCCGUUAUGGACUAGCCCAAGGUCUCACUACAAACAAGGGGCUGCUGGAAGAGAGUAGGUGAGUUGAGUUUGUGUUUGUGUAUGGUUCCUCAGACCGCUGUGUAUUGCUAUCGUGAGGCCUUUACUAAAAUUGGUAUAACUAGAGAAGCAAGUGGUCGGCAACAUUCAUCUCUCGACAGGGUGUCUAACUCAGUGUUACGGUGUGUUUGACCCUAAAUUAAUUUUAUGCCGGAAUAUCCCUUUAAAACAAUGAGCUGAUUUUAUUUUAACAACGCUGCAAGAAAAGUCGAUGCUUUCAUAGCGAUCCACCAAAUGGUGAUGGGUCAUCCUAGCUUUGACGAACAAAACUGUGGGUAGACAAACAAACCACCACCUCAGUUUAAUCUUUAUUUUACAUGGAUGACUAAAAGUCUUUUUGGAUGAGUAUUAACCCACACAUGAGCAAUUACUGCUAAGUAAACUUUGUAAUGCAUUGACUGGAAUAGAAACUAAGAUAUCAAACAGUAGAAAAACCAGUUUUUAUUGACUUUUAGCGUUAUAUUUAUCCUACUGUAAGUACUUUCUCACUACUUAUCAUUAAGCUUUUCUGUAUGACUAGUUAUAGAUAAAGACUUUCAUUCAUUACUCACUCUGGUCUGGUCUUUGUUUAAUGAAUGGUGCUUGCUCUGUUUGUUUUUCAAGUCUACCUGCUAGUGGGUUUGGUGCUUGUCCUCGUGGUGUUGGAGACGUGUUGCGAACUCCCCCAGAUGAAGCGUCUCAGGCAGAGGUUCUGCAAGGAAAACGUUCGGGAGCUGGACUCUGAGACCACCAACAUCAUCGACAGGGACCACAUGAAUGAUCAGAUAAUGGACCCCUCGGAUCAUGUGUCAAAUCAACUGCCUGCCAUCCCUUCAGUGUCAGAACAGGCUGCGUCUUUACGAAAGGAAAACAAAUCUACACCUUACUCCCCGGCACCAGCUUCUGAAAAUGGAAAACUGAGUUAACAGAUUAUUCAUUUAUUCAAAGGGACUAGUAAAAAGACUUGUAUUCUAUUUAUGACUGGUUUAGACACACUUGUGUCUGUAUGUGUGUAUAUGAGUAUGUUAAGAGCCUGAGCACACUUUAGUUGGGUUAUCUACUUUAGAUCUGAGUCACUUAAUCGCCUUAAAACGGAUCCCUUUUCUCCAGUGCCAACACCAACAGGCAUUUUUGGCGUAAAAGCAGGAACCACCCACAGACUAUCAGGAUCAGGACGGCUUUGUUUUCUUGUUCUCCCCUUGUUUCUCCAUUCCCUGCAGAUAAGACCUAGAUCUGUGACACAGAGGAAGGGCCAGGCCUUGAAACGGAGGGAAACCCAACAAGGUUCGACAUCCUGCCAGAGCUUUGGCGUUGUAAUCCCAGGGCGGCACAGUUUGCUCCUGGAUGAUUUCACACCCUCUUUAUGCGGGUUAUAAAAUCUAUGGUUGUAUUUGCAUGGGACAUUUGCCUUCUUAGGAAGUGCUAAUGUGGGACCAGGAAAGUGAGGCAUACCAUAUGUGGGUUGGUUUUGCAUAAUGUGUAGGAUUUCCAGGAAGACGAUGAAGUGGUGGCCAGAGUAAAUAUGAUGUUCGUCCUGGUUGGAGCAGGUAGUUAUUAGACAGCAGAUCCUCCUGACAUGUUGAAAUAGCCUCAGAUUAUCACAAUGGAUACACCUUGUUAGAAGUGAGAAGCCCAAAUAUGAAGCAAAUGUGUUAUAGUUAUUGAAGUCUGUUGUUACUGAUAUGAAUGUAGGAGACUAGUUUAGGAGGCUGUAAGCAAAAUGCAGUAAAAAUCAUAUUUCCAUGAUCAAAACUUUUCUUAAAAAGUUUCAAAUAAUCACUUUUAUUUACAAAAUUAUAUGUUCAUUACUCCAAUAAGCUUAAGGUCAUAGAAGGGCUGUUUGUUACCAGUAUGUGCCUCAAUAAAAUGGCAUCUAAAUGUAUUUAAUUUCUAAAGUUAUAGUGUAGUGUGUGCCAGUGCACCACUAGAGGGCAGCACUUUCAUUGUAUAUGCAAGAAGACAGAUUACUCGUUCUUCAUUGUUACUGGGGAUUUAUCUGUCAUGCUGCUUAAGGGAGUGUUUUUAAAAAGAAAUAAUCACACUGCAAAAACAUGUUACUGUUACAGCUUAAGGUGAGGGAACAUGCUGCAACAUGUUGGAGUUUUUAUUCGUUUUUUUGGCACAGCUGUCUCAGUUUACAGGAGUGCUACACCAAAUGUGCAGUAUAAGGUGAAUGUUUGUGUCAGUGUUGCUCUUAAAACAGCUUGAAAAUGAGUGCAAAUCAAUGGGAUGUCUUCCGUAUUUCAUUUUGCUGCUUGUUUCAUAGUUUGAAUAAAAUCAGUAUAGUUUUCUGGAUGAAGAGCAACUAAAUCAUGCAGCAUUUCACAUCAUACACCAGCAAAUCAAGCUUUUUUAUAUAAACUCGGGUUAUUUUAUUUAUACAUUAUUAUAUUCACAUCAUAAUUCAAGACACAAACAUGCAGACUGAUGCGGGUGCACGCAUUCAAGCAGGUACGCAUUCACACAAUUGGACUCAAACAUACACACAAACACAAAAAUGUCCUUCAACCAGAGAAGCAGAACUCGCUUCUCUGUGAGAGAAAGUUUUUGUCCUUCUGAAAUGUCCUUGAAUCCAUAUGAGCUUCGGGACUGUAGGUUGUUGUGCAGCAGAGUUUGACCUUCCCCCAGAGGUUGGAAAGUGUAAAGUUGACUAUGGUAUUCACAAAUUUGGAGGAAAAACCUUCACUGAUAUUUCCUCUCUCACUUUAAAACCUAUAUAUAGAGAUCUUUUCGGUGUGGUUAUAUGAUCUGAGGCUGUUUGGAGCAGCGAGGCCAUAGAGGACGCAGGCUAAUGAUGAAGAGGAUGAAGAGUAGUAAUGCCAUGACAGUGACUAUGGAGACGUAGCCGGCGUGGGGCAGAGGAGGAGUGUCAGGAGCUUCAGCAGGAAUCAUGUUGGUCAGAUUUAACAUGUAGCCCAGUGUCCAGCCUGCAUCGCUGCCUUUUAUCUGCACACAAACACAGGAGAUAAAACAAAGUAAGUUUGGAGUCAUCCACAGAGAACAGACAGGGAAUAAGAUUCAUCACAAUCAAAUGGUUUAAUAUGCAAGAGAUGAUGAACAGGAAGAACAUAGGAUGCAAAUUGAUAAAGUUUGAAAAAAUUAUGCUUAUUUUUCCAGAGGACUUAAAUAAGAGGAGAGAUUAUAUUCAUCACCUCUAUAAAGACAGUUUUAUGUUCAAGUAGAGUGAUCAUCUUCAAAGUUAAACUUAAUUAUAUAUGUUUAUUCUUGUGUAUCUGAAGCCCCUGUAAGGAGUCUUUAACUGAGAAGCUGAUGAAACAAUAAGGCGUUUACACUAAUGCCUUUCUAUCAACCUACAGAAGCAAAAUUGACUAUCAGCAGAUUAAUUUCUAAAAUGCAAUAUAAAGUCAGAUAAGGUCGUUUAUAGUACACGGAUGAAAAUCUCUUUUUUUACUCUUUUCACUACAAAUAAACCAAAGUUCUCCACUGAGGCUUAAAAUACUUUAUUAUAUAAGAAUUAAUCGGGUUAAUUUGAGUAGAGGAUUUGUCGCACUGGAGCUGCAAGAACUGUGAACCCAAUAAGACGCAGAACAAGAAAGGGUUGCAAUAAACUGUCUGAUAAAUAAUACUAAAAAUAGCUGUCAACAGCGGACUUUAAGUGAUAUUUUGAAAUUAAAUAGGCCUACUUUUGUCUUUAAGUUUCCUUCUUUCUUUUUUUGAGUUAAAUUUGAGGUAUAGAUGCAUUUACCUAGAGGAUAGGAGAGUUGAUAGAGUAGGGAACAAGGAGGGAUAUGGGGUAAAGUGUCACAUUCUGGACAUUCAACCCGUAAAGAGGCCUGUGUACAUUUGUUAUAGAGAUAGGCGUCAAGUGAAGUGUUACCAUUUGUUUUUGUAAAGCACUUUGUGCUACAUCAGUUUGUAUGAAAAGUGCUAUACAAAUAACGACUAAAUGAUUGAUUGA